AUGACUGGUCCGUCUUCCGACGAUGAGAGGUUGCGCAUUCCCCCAGAACGGCAGGAUAGCCUGGAUCCAAGCGCACGACGCCGCAGUACCAGAGCCUGUGAUCAUUGUCGCCGCUCCAAGAGCAAGUGCGAGCGUGGAGCAUCCGCGUUAGAUCAACAAUCCUGCCGCGGGUGUCUAUCUCUAGGUCUUUCUUGUACAUAUGUCGGUCCGAGUCACAAACGAGGACCGCCUAAAGGGUACAUUCUUGCCAUUGAAAGACGCUUGCACCAAGUCGAAGCAUUGCUUGGGACGAUUAUCGGUUCUGACGAUCUCCGCGCUCGCAGCCUUGUGCAAGACCUAUCUCAGGAUGAUCUUGCCCGCCAAAUCAUUCACCGAGUGGAAAUUGGUCCGUUUGGUCCCAGAGGUCGCGUGGCUCACCCCUUUGGCUCAACGAAGGAAGAUUUUCUCGCAUCAAUAAUGAAUGGUGUUGAAAUCUCUUUCCGGCCCGAUAACCGAAGUCCUGAAGCAGAUGUCGGCGCAUUAGUCAGUCCGAGUAGCAAUUGGCAAGACUGUCUAUACCAUGUUCUGCGCGCAUCAGGAAGCGGCUCUUCGCAUGAGAGCUCGAUGGGAAGGGGAUAUUCAUCGUCUUCCCAGAGUCACACCGAGUCACUUUCUUUGACUUCUCCGGUAUGUUCUGGCUCGUCCUGGUCGCAUUUUCAAGGGGAGCAAACCGGUUGGGAUCUCGCGAGACUGGAAAAGAUCGGUGCUUUAUCCGAAGACUCUACAACCAGGGUCUCCAUUAGAACAGAAGACGUCUAUAUCGAUCGUGAUAGGCAGCUGCGCAUCAUCCAUCCUACGAGCGGACUGCACACACUAUCGCAAUAUUGUCAGCUCCUCGCCAACAAUAAUGGAAAGCCCUUUGAACUUUCAUGGCCAUCAACUAUAGGGUCGUUGCCAUUUGGUCCUGCUGCCGCUCCCUCACUCUUUCAGCCUCUUAUGGAUCAGCAACAAAACAUAUUAGUUCACUAUUUCUUCAACUAUGUUCACCCGAUGUACCCGGUGAUCAAUCGAACAUACUUCAUGGUGCUGUAUAACGAAAAGUUCAACUCUUUCAUCAAGGGACCGUAUAAUUCUCACAAUCCUACGCUUAAGGCCUUCGAGGUCCUACUACUCUGCAUUUUCUCUAUCUCGGCAAGGUACUUGGAUAUUCCGGGAGGAAACCGUGAUAGUGACGAGUACGCCGCCGAGGCUGUUAGAUUAUUGGGUACCGUCUCUGGGAUAUCUAGUCCAUUGCUGUGUCAAGUGCUUCUACUCCUUGGUUAUCGCAGCUUUGGGAUUGGUGAGGCGGAAGAUGCAUGGACCUACAUUGGUAUGGCCGUACGCAUGGCAUAUUCUCUGGGCUUGCAUCGCAGGGUGGGCGAACUGGCUUCUGCAAGCUUCGGCCUGGUAACGUCGCUCGAACAAGAGACGCGGCAACAACUGUGGGCUGGUUGCGUAAUCGCCGACAGAUUCGUUUCUGUACUUCUCGGUCGACCCUCCAUGAUUCUCGAUGGACAAUUUGACAUAUCGCUAGUAGACAUCCCAGAAUCGACAGGCCGAGGCCCAGUACUUAAUCCUUCUCCGCCCGGUAACUUAGCACUUCAGCCGGAAGAAGUGAACGAAAAUGUUGUGUUAUCGUGCUUUAAUGCGUCUUGCGCUCUGUCUGUAAUCGUCGGUUCAAUUGCAAACGAACUUUACCCAAUUGAUCGACCUGCUGAUUCGACGCUGUACUUCCGCGCCAAACGGCUGGAAGACAAGCUCUCUGGAUGGAUGGAGUCAACCUCCUCUUUGCUCAACUUCAAUCUUGCCACAGUCAAUGUGCAUUCUGCGCCAUGCAUAUUCGAACUGCAGUUGCACUAUUGGUGGGCCGUCAUCUUACUACACCGAGUGUUUAUUUACGACUCUUGGAUGAAAUGCAUGUUCCGCCCGGGAGACCGGCCAUCGCAGGCCUGCACUGCGUGCCAAGACGCCGCGGGUCAUAUAUCGUCAAUAGUUACGGUCUUCGUGAAGCAGUGGGAGAAAUUUGCUUCUGCUUUUCUUCCUGGAUACAUCUUGGCGGCGGGGGCUGUUGAUUUGAUGCUCUCAAAACUGUCGCACCACACUACGGAGGGUGGUACUCGGCUGAGACACAAUCUCACCGCCCUACGGAAAGUCGAGGUGACCUGGCCAAUGGCGUCCAUCGUGCAAAAGCUCCUUCACGCGUGCCCCUCCAAUUUCCCUACCACGUCUUUUGUCCUGUCCUCACCACACUCGGGAAGAAAGCGAUCCACGGGAGAAGCCUCCCAGAGCACCGAGCACCGGGAGCCAAAGACUGACUGUCGACCGCAGAUGGUCUCAUCCCCUGUGAAAGAUCUUGUGAGCUUCGAUACCCAAGGCCGUGUGCAAGGUCUCGGCUCUGCGUUGGGAAUCGUUACGUCGCCUCCAUGUCCUGGUUUCCAGGACCCCGGUGAAGGCUCUUCCAAUGGCAGUUCCUUACCGGGAGUGACUUAUAGUUCUGCUACUAUGCAUUCUCUUGGCGCGUUCGGUCUCUGGUAG